AUGGCAUCCAGGGAAACAACACCUUCAGAUCUGGGUGAAGAUCUCCAGCCCAUCAGGUUCCCAGCAUAUGUCAGAAAGGCAUUCAGAUUGGAUUCUGUCAGAACACCAGGGGGGCUGAACAUCCAAUUUGAGCAACUCCUUUUAGAAGGCAAGAAUGAUGAUGGCAGAUAUUACAAGCUUGAUACUGCAGACAUGAAAACCAACCUGUCUGGUGAUGAUGCAGGCAUCUCCCUCCACAGGGACUUUGACUCUAUCAUUGGGUUCUAUCAGGGGUUGCCAUUAUUCGACAGUGUGGAGCUUUCCCUUGUCCCUCGUCCUAUGGAUUCUCUCUCUGGUUCCACCAAUCUGCAUGUGAAGCUUCCAGAUCAUCUAUUCGAGAUUAACUGUGAACCUGGGGACCAUGUGACAGCACCAAAUAAGAUUGCCAACUAUUGCCUUGGCAAUUAUUCAAAAAAUGGCCUCAUUAGAAUUUUUUUCCCAUACUUCACCCCUUCCACAACCCCACCUGGCCCAACCCACACAAAUAACACCAACAACUCCAACAAUACCGACAAUGACAACGAUGGCAACAACAACGGCAACAACAACGGCAACAACAAUGGCAACAACAAUGGCAACAACAAUGGCACCAACAACGGCAACAACAACGGCAACAACAACAGCAACAACAACGGCAACAACAACAACAACAGGGUCAGCGAGACUUAUAUUGCGGAAUUCUACGAUGAAAUCCUGCGUCCAGCUUUGAUUCAUAUCCUUCCACAUUCCUCGCCUUCAUUUCCCCCUUAUCGGCUCUUGGGUGGCAUCCUCUCCCGCACCAAGGAUGGCAAGCUGGUGGGUGGGAAGCGUCUGGUUUCUGCUGCUCUGCUAGGUGAACUGGUGGAACAUAUGAGAGAUUGCCUGGAGAGGAAGAAGGAACGCUUCGAAUGGGCUCGCAGCUUCUUCUUUGGCCUUGAGAUCAAGGGAAUCAAACUCAGCACCACACAUCCUGUCCCUUUUAACAAUGGCACAGAGGAAGGGCAGGGUUCCAGUGAAGAGGAUCAAGAGACGAUCUUCAGACAACUUAUCCUGGGGAUGUUUCACAGUGGACUCACAUCUCUAGAACAGCAAAGCACGUGGGUGGAUGUGGGGCUCGAAAUAAGCAGGAAGGCCCAUGUUCUUCACUGGGAUGCAUCAGAGCACCACCGAAUUCUUCAGGUCCUUGCCACAGGGUAUCAGGGGGAUGUGGAAAGACAAUGGACACAGCCUGGAAGGGAGGGGUAUUUCUGCGACAUUCAAGCAGGAAUCCUAUCUCUGGCUGGAGGACGUUGUGCAUUGCCUCAUCUCCCCCGCUUACCCAUUUAUGCACAAUGGUAUGCGUCGGAGAAGGGGGUUUGUAGGAGAGCUGACAGGUUUGACCCUAUGCUGGGAAUCACGAAAAAGAACGUGUUUGGAGAAAAAACCAAGGAUAAACUGAGAGUGGAAUUCGAUAAUCUGGAGGAAGUGUGGAAUUCAGCUCAUCAUGAGAGGACGGAAGGGACGGCAAGAUUGGAGAUACGCGUUCCCCUUCGAAAAGCCAAAAAUUCCCUGAGAACAGUGACAAAGGAGUUCAUCGAGCAGUGCACCAUCUCAGUGCCUGCAGAUCGGUGGUGGCUGUUCAAGCUUCUGAUGGCUCGUGCAUGUCGUCAGGUCAUUGAGGCUCAGAUGAAUGGGACCCCCCGGUCUAGACUGGCACGACAUGCUCUGGAGCUCAGUGCUGCACUCACAUGGCGGAUCAACAUGCUGAACAGGAGACCAGCAGCAGGUUCAUCAGAGCACCAGCUCAUGUGUGCUUCCCUCCCUGUCACCGACAACUUCUCCCACCCAGAUCUGUUAGAUGGACGUGACAGGAAUCCAUGGAGGGCGCAGGCGGAAAAUGAAGAAUACCGCCCAUUUGCCUCGGGAAAUGUCAUCUGGUUCAGGGACAUCGAUUACAACCUGAACAUGACAGAUGAUUGGCAUAGGCCAAUUUCCCCUGGAUUCAAAGCACGAGCCACACUUGGAUUGGGACGGCGUCGGCUACUGCUGGAUCGGUAUCUCAAACACCUCUCCGGCUUUACCAUCGACGAGCUCGAAAGAAUACUUUCAACUACCCCCUACAUCACACCACCUGCUCCUUUCCGUCUACCAAGACCUAACCACACACUUCCACCAGAUCUGCCGGAAUCACUAGAUGAGCUGCUAGCAAAUGCUCAUAUCAAAUUGAAGGAGAGCGCUACCAAGCACCUGAAGGAUUCUUUCCCCAACUCGGAUAACAGUGACGGGGUCCCUCAGCUCGUUCAAGGGACCACGAACCUGGUAUUGACCAAGAAUAUCCAGCAGAUCCUCGACUUUUACUUGGUCCAAUCGGUUAAUGUUUAA